AUGAUGGCGAUGGACCAACACAGCACGAUGUCACCCAGCCGGACGCUCCACCGCGCUGCCCUGGAUGAGUUCGUCACUCACCGAGUCUCGCGCGAGAUGGUGACACACCUGGCCCAGCAAGCAUCGCAGGUCAUCCGAUGCGAGGCCCAUGUGACCAACACCGUUAGCCAGCACGGCCAACCGACGCCGCCCUCCACCCCCCCCAUGGAUGGGGCCGACUCCCUGCCGCCACUGCCCUCCAUCGAAGAGUUCAUUGCAUCCCUCGUGGCUCGGUCGCAGGUCCAGGUGCCCACCCUCAUGAGCUCCCUCGUGUACCUGGGCCGCCUGCAGGCCCGUCUCCCGCCCGUGGCCAAGGGCAUGCGAUGCACCGUCCACCGCAUCUUCCUGGCCUCGCUGAUCCUUUCCGCCAAGAACCUGAAUGACUCGAGCCCGAAGAACAAGCAUUGGGCUCGAUACACCGCGGUGAAGGGCUACGAUGGGUUUGGCUUCUCGCUACCGGAGGUGAACUUGAUGGAGCGGCAGCUGCUCUUCCUGUUGGACUGGGAGACUCGUGUGACGGAAGACGACCUCUUGACCUACCUGGAGCCGUUCCUGGCCCCGAUUCGGCUCCGCAUGGAGCAGGAACGUGAACGGAAAGCGGAGGAGGAGCACCAGUGGAAGCAGCAUCACCGGUAUGGCCCCCAUCAUCCCCAGAUACCCUCGAUUCCUCGUGCUCAUACUUCCCCCAGACGACGUCUCGGCACCCCUGCGGAUCUGCUGGCCAACCGCCUGCGGCGUCAAAAGCUGGAGACCCGGGUUGACUCCCGCCGAACGAGCGAAGUCACCGGCCUGCGUCGGCUACCGAGCCAUGUCUCCUGCCCUGCCAUCCACAACACCCAUAACUCCCCCCAAUCUGUUGCGGAGCUGGAGCGCUACAACCCCUAUCAUCGCCAUCGCACUUCCCCCCACCGUGCCGGCCGGUCCAUCUCGCCGCCCUCCAUCCGCGAUGUUCCUGCCCUCUCGCACGCCGAGACAUUCAACUCGCUUUGCUCUCGCUCAUCCAGCGCUGCUCCUAGUUCCCGCGGCACUCCUGCCAGCAUCAGCACUUGCUCUUCCCACGGCGCGGACGACCUGAUGGUGACCGAUUCCACCACUAGCCCGUCUGUCUCCUUGACAUACAGCUUCGUCAACGUCGACGCGAAGCAACCCUUUGAGCCCGUUCGCCAGCCCAGCAAGAAGAUGAAGGUCUCUGGCCACGGCCACGGGGGCGGUUUUGUCGCGCGGUUCCUGGCUUCCGCGACUGGUUCCUAUAUGGGGAGCCGCAUCGGUCGGCCUCACGCCUAA